AUGCACUCCUCAUCUGCCCGACCUCAGACUCUGAAGGUAAGAACCACAGUUACUGUUUCUUUCAGCUGGACGGGCUAAAAGUUUCUGAUUCAAGUUUUUACCGGAGACCAGAAAAGCUUCAUGGAAAGAAGCUUCAAAUUAUUUUUCCGCUGAAGAUUUUCUGUCCUCUCUGACCGAGCUCACUGUAAAUCCCAGUGAAGGAUUGAUUUCUUACUGUUAACGCUCACAAAGCUCCAUUGCUGUCAUUCUGGUUUUCGUGCACAGUCUGUCUGCUAAACCUCCAGAAACGUGAUGCUUCAAUUCAACAACUACAGAGAACAAAAGUGAAAAAAAUAAACAUUUGCUGUGGUUCAAGUUGAAUAUGUCCUUAAAGAAUAUUCACAAAUGUGCUUCAGUUUUGCUGGGACUGUUUACAGCUAUCUUUCAUGUUUCUAGGACCGUUUUAUUAGUGGUUCUCAAGAAGUUAUGGACAUAUUAGACUUAUUAGACACUUGACUUGAUCAGUUGUAUUUGUCAAUCAGUACAAAUAACCAGUUCAAAGAUGAUUUUUCACUCUGGGAAAAGCUGCCCUGGUAAACCAUUUAACAGCUCAAUAUCAGAAUGAAUGUAGGUGUGACAAAAGUUCCCUCCCACCUGUACACACUCUGUUAUAUUCAUUCUUUAUACAUGCAAAAACAAGAUUUAGAUGAUACUUUUGGGUAUCGCUAAAGAGGCAGAAGUUAACUCGCCUGACACUGAACUUGAAAGCAUCUACAAAGUGCUGUCUGAAACAUUCAGGCUGGUUUUCAUUUGGUGAUGAAGAAGCAGAUUUAACAGAGCUGGGUUUAAAAACGUUGAAAUGCUGUUUAUACAAAAUGUUAUCUAUAAAGAAGAUCUAUCUUAUGGGCGAUGAAUAUUAUCACAACCUUUUUAAGUUUCAAAUUUGGACAGUGACCAUCAGAAAGACAAUAAUCUCCAGUGAAAGGAGUGAUGAUGCUUAUUAGUGAUCAUUCACAUCACCAUAACGUGUUCAUUCAAUCCAUCUAGAGUUUAACUGAACCACUUAAUAGUUUAAUCUUAUAAUGUAAUUGAAAAUUUGUGACUUUUAUUAAGUUAUGACAAACAUUUCCUCUGAAAUUGGGUCAACAGAUCCUGCUGCGUUCACUGAUAAAACUGAUAACUGAUCAUUUUCAAUUUCAGCUCGGUAUGUAUAAUAAUCUACUGCGUCAGAGAAUUAUCUAAUCUGACAGUGGAAACAAGGGCUGUCAUGAUAUCAGAUUUUCACCCAGCAAUUAAAGUGGCUGUCUGGAUAAAUUGCUAAAUUUAUGGGAAAGGGAAGGAGGAUGGAGCAUCAAAUUCACUAAUAAACACAGUGUCCUUGCAUGUAAUCAUCCAUUUCUAAUGACAUUUAAAAGUGCUUAGUAUUCUUCCAGACAGCUGUGAAACUCUAAAUAGCUUGCAGCAGAGGUGGUAGCCAGCAUUGAGGACCACCGCUGUGAACCCCCAUCAUUUCAGUUUACGCCCUGAGUUUGGACAGUAGAAAGUUCAACACGUUCAUACUGUUAAACUCAUACUGUAUAUUCAGAGUGUGUCUCCUUCUUCUUCUCCUCCUCAGGUGUGGUGUGUGCAGGUGUGCGUCUUCUACUCCACCAUGUGUCUGUCCAGCUUGCCGCUUUCUUCAGGGGCCUUCAGACCUCGAUGUGGAUCUGACCUCCUCAGUGACCUCAUAUUUGUGUGCGGAGAUCGUGGCAUCUAUUUCGGUGAGCCUAUUUGAUGUUUUACCCUUCUUAUACUACAUAAAAACUCAACAUGAAUUGAAAAUACACUCAUGUUUAUUAACACAUUUAAACACGCAGCUCAAAGUACAUCACAAAACAAACAGAAAAAAGCAGCAAAAGCGAAAAAUAAUAAAAGACUGAUAUAGAAAAGGACUUCUGCUUUGAUGGACUCAAAGCAGUCAUUACUGCCAUUUUCUAUUCAUGAGUUUUGAUGACUACAUUUAUAGUAUACAGAAUUCAUAUCUCAUAGUUUUGGAUUUUAAUUUAAUUUGUCCAGUUCAUAUUGAGUAUAGAAUACAUAAGGGUCAAAAACUUGUUUUGUAUCUUAUGUAUGUAUGCAUCAGGGCAGACCUGUGACGUUGUAAUUUUGAUUGACUGUUCUGGAUUAAGAGGCAGUUGUUUAGUAAAGGACAGAGGCGACACACUAUUUCUACCGUUGUUAAACCAUAUACACGUGUAGUCUCAUUAUUUCCAUCCAGAAGUGGAUUUAAGAAGUAUCAUGAGGAAAAAACUGAGUGAAACAUCACAGAUACUUUCAGACACUACAGCAGUAAAAUCAAUAAAACUGCUGCUCAUAUUGACAACAUAAGGAACAUUUAAAACCUACCAGAAAGACCGGACUGCAACAUUAAAUAAAAGUAGACCUGUGAUGAAUGGAAGAGCGAGGUCGUGUAGAGCCUUAAAAACAUGUAAAAGAAGUUAAAAAUCAAUUUCAGAAGGAAACAGUCAGCACAGAGUUGAGUUUCCUCAGGGACGUUUGAGCAAACCAAAAAAGGGAGUUGUAUUCAUCAAAAUGUUUCUUAAUAAAAAAAGGUCAAACUUUGGUGAUGUUUCUGAGAUUAUAAAACGAAGGGCCUUUGACCUUUAUAUCUAGAUCUCAGAUCACACCCAGUUUUUCUCCGGCUGCUUUGGCACAUAAAGACUUUUGUUUUUAACUUUAUAUAGUUUUUAGAAAGUUCUUGCUCAUUCAUACAUGUAUGUCUGAGGGACUGCAGAGCAUUUUGGUCAUGUGUUGAAACAGAAAUGUACAGUUGGGUGUUGUCUGCAUAGAAAUAGUUGAUGUGUUCACAAAGAUAGUGUGUUUGAGUAGAAAAAUUACUGAGGAGAAUAAAAUUUUAACUCCCAUGUGAGAGCUAUUAAUGUAUGGUGAUGUUACGUUGCAGUGAGUGUAAAGUGUUGGGACAUCAAUAACAAAACUGAAAUCUUUGUUUUGACCGAAAUGCAGAUAGAUAAUAUUCUCUGUAUUGCUAAUGUUAUUAAAUAAUAUAGAAAUCUGAUAAGACCAAAAUCUAUCAAGGCUAUUUUACCCCGUGUGUUUAAAUCUUACAUUAGCAGAGGUCCAUAACACUGAUAUGUUCACGGUCAGUGUGUCCGCAUGAAAACACCGCAGGAUCUGUGAGACUUAUCAGACCUGCAACAACAAACAUGCCCUGAUCAGUCUCAACAGUAUUCAUCUGGACUGAGCAGGAACUUUUACUGCUGCAGGACAUCUCAGCAGACACGAGGGGUUCAACAGGAGAUACACGUGUGUAAAACACUGAUCCUGCAUUGGAACAAGAGAAAUACAUUCACACGUUUACUUUUAUCUCCUUUCAACAAAGAUUUACCCGCAAGCGCUCUCUCUUAGUGACCUUUCCCCCGCUCUCACCAAGGCCACCUCCUCUGCCUGCUAUCAGAGCGAUGGCCAUCCACUGAAAUGGCAGCAUACGCGCAGGACGCUGUGUCUCAGAGUUUGAUAGGUUUAUUGUUCAGACACUUGUAUCUGAGAGCAGCAAAGAGUCACAUGAACAAAAAAGAGACAAGCGCUUCAACUAACAACUGGCAUGUUGUUAGUGUAAGUGAGAGACAUCGUAAUAAAAUAUUUUUAAAACGAUAAAAUAUCAUUUAAGUGUUAUAGAGGUUUCAGAUGUGAGUAGUUGCGUCAAAUAAUCCUGAUUUUGUUUUUUGUCAAAAUUGAGCAGCCCCGGUCUAACAUCCCCCUCUGCCUACAGGUAAACGUACAACAGGGUCAGGUUACGGGGCUCGGCCCAAAGGGAAGGGGAUUGUGGACCAGUGCUGCCGACCAGCUGGCUGUGAACUGCAGCACCUGGAGCUUUACUGUGCAAAACCAAAGAGCAACCCACUCACAACCACAGCAUACCCAGUCACAACCACAGCUCCUCAAACCAGCACACAGCCAGACAUGGUAAGACUCAUUCUUGGUUUGUGGAGAAGUGGAUAAAAAAGUUCAGACUCUGAGUUCAGUCGAGAAAUAUUACAUUUAUUCCAUGGUCCUGAGUGUGGUGCAGUCUUUUUCUUUCUCUGUGUUUUUCUGACCUUUUACUGAUCCUCACAAAUAUCCACAGAGGGUAGGAGGACUCCUCAUAUUUCACACCUACGACAUUUUCUUGCACACACUAUUAAACAUCGCAAAGUGAGAAUUGUGACUUUAAACUUGAAGUGAAACCAUAAUAAAGUUGAUAUCUGUGAUAAAUCCUAGCUGAUGGUUGCAGCCCUUACACAGGGCCAAGGUUACCUGCCACAGCCGAGCUUCCCGGCCUUGAAUCCUCUCUUUAUUCCCUCUUUGUCUCGCAGGCACAGCAGCUGUUUGAGUCGGUGUAUCAGAGGAGACUCUCAGAGCAUCUGGGAGCUCCUGACAGUCCAAAGAGAGAGGCGUACAGAAAGAAAUCAAAGUCUUCACUUCAGAGGAAAAGUAAAGUGCCGUCAUCACGCAGGAGAAUGAACACCAGCACAGUUCCUCCAUCAGGCUCCAGGAGUCCCCAUCAAACAGAGACGAGUUCUGGACAUUCGAUAUUAAGUGUGACUGGGCCGGACCCAUCGGGUCGAAAAGACUGA